AACAGAAUCUAGUCCGCAAAUCCCAAUUCACUCUUCACCUUCAAUUUUACUCCGCCGAUCACCGCCACUGCCUCCGCCUCCCAGCUCCCUCAAGCACCCGCCUCCCCUCCCUCCGCUCCAGCGCCCCCAAAUCCAGCCUGUUCGACGAAAUGUCGACUUCAUCCAGUACAUAAAUGAUCUGCUCUCAUAAUAGAAUUGAGUGAGCAUCCCUCCGAUCUAUCGGAAAAUGAGAGGCCUCAGAAAGCCCUCCGUGAGGCGACCGCCAAUUCUACAUCUUCUCUCCGCCGCCGCUAUUCUCUCUCUCUUCGUUUUCGCCCUCCGCUCUUCCUUCCCCGCUGCAGGAAACCAGCGAAUUCCUAAAAUUAACCGACGUGAUCUUCGGAUAUUGUCUGGUUUCCAAUCCACCGUCCAACAAUGCGUCGCAAACAGAGGCCUUGGACUCACUGCUCAAAUUAUAGAUCACUGUAAUCUGGUUCUCAAGUUUCCAGAAGGGACUAACAGCACCUGGUACAAUGCUCAAUUUAAGAUCUUUGAGCCCUUGGAAUACAAGUAUGAUGUAUGCGAGGCAAUAUUGUUGUGGGAACAGUAUCGCAAUAUGACUACAGUGUUGACGAGGGAAUAUUUAGAUGCUCGGCCUGAUGGGUGGGUGGAGUAUGCUCCAAAGAGGAUAGCACAAUUAGGAACAGAUAAAUGCUACAAUAAGACCCUCUGUGAGGAACAUCUUAAUGUACUUCUGCCAGCAAAGCCACCCUUCCACCCUCGCCAGUUUCGAACUUGUGCUGUUGUUGGAAAUUCAGGAGAUCUCUUAAAGACAGAAUUUGGAGAGGAAAUUGACAGCCAUGAUGCAGUGAUAAGAGAUAAUGAGGCGCCUGUUAAUGAGAAAUAUGCCAAAUAUGUUGGUUUGAAAAGAGAUUUUCGCUUGGUAGUUAGAGGUGCUGCACGAAACAUGGUUCCAAUUCUCAAUGGAUCAGAUGAUGAAGUGCUGAUUAUCAAAAGUCUUACCCACAAAAGUAUCAAUGAUAUGAUAAAGAAAAUCCCAAAUCCAGUUUACCUAUUCCAAGGUAUUGUUCUUCGUAGAGGUGCAAAGGGGACUGGAAUGAAAUCAAUAGAACUCGCACUUUCCAUGUGCGACAUUGUUGACAUAUACGGUUUCACAGUUGAUCCUGGAUAUACCGAGUGGACACGGUAUUUCUCAACACCAAGGAAAGGGCACAAUCCACUUCAAGGAAGAGCUUAUUACCAGCUUCUGGAAUGCCUUGGUAUCAUUAGGAUCCAUUCUCCUAUGAGAGCUGAAAGGAAGCAAGACUGGUCUGACAUACCAAGUCGAGCAGCAAUAAGUAAAGCUCACUCUGCUGCUGUACGCUUGAAGAAGAGUCAAGAUGACCAAAGCAACAACAUGGGACAAUUUCGCAAUUGUAAAGUGUGGGGCAAUUCUGGGGCAUAUGGCAGCGGACCAGUAUCUGGAUCACCAGAUAUGAGCAACGUGAGGAAGAAUUCCAAUUACAACAAGUGGGAGGUGAUGCCGUUCAAGAAGUUAAGGAAAGCGGCAAGAGAUCAGUACACACAAAUGGAGAGGGUGUCUAUGUAUAAAAUGGAUGGUAAUAAACUAGAUGAUCUAGUGUGUGUGAAGCAUUCCUUGAAACCUCAAGUGUGAUCUGCUAUUACACCAUUGGAAUCAAUCUACUGCGGUAACCUUUGCAUAUACAGAGUUGACCAAAGCCACAACAGGCCAUGCUUGGAUCAUGGACUAAUCCAAGGAUAGGCUCUAUAUCAGAUCCAUAUGAUAAUACGAUUACACUGUAUUCUUUGGCCACGUGUUUCUUAAGUUUUUAUUUAUUUUGUCACAACAUUUCUUUCAUUUGUCAGAAGAGAAAUUUCAUGAUUCGAUACGAGAAGCGUUUUUGUAA